AUGAAUAAAUCCAUCAAAGAGAAACCACUGCUCAGUACUCAAGCGUCCAGAUUGAAUGAAGAUGUCACAAAUUUCUGCUUCAUAAUUCAUUAUGGAAGAAAGUUAUUUGCAUUACAUACAAUUUACGCGAAUUUUAAAUCUGUUUAUGUAAAAACACUUGCAGAUUAUGAUAAUUUGACAACUAAUAAAUCUUGA